AGCUUUCAAGAACCUAUUUUGCCAGAAAGUAACUCGAUGAAAGACAAUGAUUUCAAAAUAUGGGAGUAAUUAUGAAACUGCCUUUAGAGAAACUGCAGGUAGCAGUAAUUCUGGCUGUAACGUGGAUGACAUAACUGAAAAGGCUAUCGGAGACUUUGGUUCUUGGCAACUACGAAUAAGCCUACUCAUGGCAUUGUUAAAGCUGCCCAUGGCUUGGUACCAGCUCAAUAUAAUAUUUAUGGCUCCUCCACAAGACUUUUGGUGUGAAAAACCUGAUUCUCUAUCAAUGUAUUCGGAUGACGAAUGGCGUAAAAUGUGUAUUCCACACAUUGAAGAACAUCCGUGUCUUAUAUUCGAUCCACAAAUAUUAGCACUCUCACCAGUCAUAGAUCGUUCCCUUAUACCUCUUGUAGAAUGCAAAAGAUUUGUGUACAACAAUACCUUGUUCAGGCGCACGAUUACAUCGGAAUGGAACCUUGUGUGUUCUAAGCAUUGGUUGGUUCAUCUAACUCAGUGUAUUAUGAUGUGGGGAGUUCUUCUUGGAGGUAUAGUGUUUGGUGUGAUUGCGGAUAAAUACGGCCGGCGAUUACCACUUAUGAUUGCUAUAGUGAUGCAAAGUGUGUGCAGUUACAUUGCCAGUUUCCUUCCAUGGUAUUGGUGGUGGUUAGGAGUAUGGUUUCUUUUGGCAUUGGCUUCUGGAGGCUUGGGAAUUAUCUCCUUUGUGGUUUGUAUGGAGGCAGUAAGUGGAAAAUGGAGAACUACGAUUCCUGUAUUAUAUCAACUUCCUUUUGGAUUUGGGAGUGCUGUCAUGGCAUGUUUAGCCUAUUUCCUUCGGGACUGGAGGAAGUUGGAAUUUGCUUUGGCAACCUUAUCAUCUUUAUACAUAUUGUAUUGGUUCUGGGUACCAGAAUCGCCGCGGUGGUUACUAGCUACAGGACAAAUUGACAAAGCUCUCGACGUUUUAAGAAAAGCUGCCAUUCAAAAUGGAAAAGAAAAUGACUUCCACAAUGUGAAACAUUUGCUGCCAAAAUGUAAAGGACAGAAGAGACACGAUCCAGGCUUCAUUGCGUUUUUUAAAUUUAAGAACAUGAGACUGAAAACUUUAUUGCUAUCAGCUAAUUGGUUCUUUACAGGAUUAGCAUUUUACGCCUUUUCUCAAUAUCUUGGCAUGAUUGGAGGAAAUAUUUUUUUAACGGUCGCUGUAAGCGGUAUCAUUUACGUUCCUGGUGGGCUUGUAUGUGCGUUUAUUGUAACAAAAGUUGGAAGAAAAACCACACUAUGGACAUUUCAGCUUCUUACUGCUUUAUGUUUUGUUUUCAUUCUGUUAACACCGAGAGAUGUCUUCAAGAGCGACUGGCCAAGAUUAUUGUUUGCUGCUAUAGGAUUUGGAGGAUUAGCAGGGUCAGUUCCAGCACUAUACCUUUAUUCCGGAGAGAUGUUUCCAACUCUGGGCCGCAACGCUGGAGUAGGCGGAGUCACAACUUUUGCUCGAAUCGCUGCAAUGAUUGCACCCGGGGUGGUUGGGUUAGACGGCCUUCUACCGGACCUUCCAUUGAUAUUGCUGGCUAUCGUAUCGUUUGCCCAAAUGUUGUUGAUUAUUCCACUGCCCGAAACAAAGGACUACCCACUGCCAGAUACACUGGAACAAGCUGAACAAUUUACAAGAAAAACCACUCAACGGGAUCAAAUACACGAUAAUUUAAAGAAAAAAUCCAUAUUUGGUUUUAUGUGAAUAAAAUUUUAAUACAAAGUUACAUAGAACACUGACAUUCCUAAUAAAAUUACAUAUUUUA